UUUUUUUUUUUUUUUACACGCCAUCAUGUUGGCUUGCCUUAGAAGUUCGGUUUCGUUGAACAAUUUCUAAAAAAAAUUAGCGGCAUCAAAAAGAAUCCAUUUUCUUUUGACAAACACAUACAAAACGUUGAGAAAAAAAAAAAAAAAAGAACCGGUAAAAAUUAACCGGUUAAUUAAUUAUUUUCGAUUAAACAACAAUAGACACGAUAAGAUAAUUAUCAAAUUCAUCAUUAGUAUAUUUAAUAAAAGUUAAAUUAAUAUGGAACAAACUGAAGACGAGCACGAUGUGCUAAAAAAAAUUUUAACCGACAACGAAUUGACAUUAAUUCCCCAAGAAAUUGCAACAAAGCUGAGAAAACAUUUUACUGAAAAUUUUGAAGAAUUUUUAACAGCUAAAGCUGUUUUUCAACAUGGCAGGCAAAGUCUUGAAAAAAAGCUUGAAAAACUCCAAAAAGACUUGAAUGAGCGUGAUCUAGACUUGGAAGAAUGCAAGGGUAAACUUGAAUUAGCAGAAACUUAUACAGUUGAUUUAAAAACAAAGCUAGAUGAUGCAAAAAAUGAAAUAUAUAAAUUAGAAGAAACAUUAAAACGUUUACAAAAAGAAAAUUCAGAAUUUCGUCGUCAAAGAGAUGCAGCUGUUGAUGAACGUGAUACACUUCAAUUACAAGCUGAACGACGUGAUAAUGAAGUUGAAAGAUUAAAUACAGAAUUAACAUCAUUAUGUGCUCAAUUACAAACAGCAGUAACAGCAAAAUGUCAAGCAAUGACAGAAGUAGAAGAAAUAAGAAGUCACGAAAUGAAUUUAGAUUUCAAAGAAAAACGUUUAGAUCAAGAAAGAAAUUUACUAUCACAACAAAUAAAUUCACUUGAAAUUGAAUUAUCAAAACGUACAUCUGAAUUACAAGCAACAAGAGCUGAAUCAUCAGCACGUGCAUUAUUAACAGACACAAGAUUAUCACAACGUGAAGAAGAUUUAAGAAUUGCUAAUGAUUCAUUAUUACAACUGAAAGAAGCAAAUUCAUCACUUCAAAGACGUUGUGAUGAAUUGGCACAAAAAGUUGAUGAUCAACGUAAUCAUGAAUUAUCAAUGCAUUCAUCUUAUCGUGAAGAAAUUGUUGCACAAACAAAACUUGCUGAUUUAUACAAAGGAAUGGCUGAAGAAGCUAAUGCUAAAGUUGAUGAAUUUAGUAAUGCUGUUACAGAACUACAAAAUCUUGUUGAACAAGCAACACAACAAUAUGGUGAUUUAGAAACUGAGCAUGCAUCACUUAAACUUGAAUUUGAUGAAACAAUUGCUGAAAAAGAUAAUAAUAUUGAACAAUUAAAUAAAGAAAUUGAAAAAGCAAAUGAAUUAUUAAAUCAUAUUAAACAAGAACGUUUAGAUCAAGCAGUUGAACAACUUGCACCAAGUGCUGCAAUAACAAGUAAAAUAUUAAAAAAAGGCUUGAGUUUAACACAAAUUUAUACUCAACUUGUUGAUGCAACAAAUGAAUUGACAAUUGAACGUGAAGAAAAUGAACGUCUCAAGGGACAAAUGGAUAAUAUACUUAAAGAAUUAGAAUCAAAAGCUCCAAUUGUUCAAAAACAACGUGAUGAUUAUGAAGCUGCUAUGAUUAAUGUUGAAUCAUUAACAAAUCAAUUGGAUGAGCUAUUAGCUGAAAAUAAUCGUCUUGAAGAAAAAGCUGCUGAAGCAACACGUUUAGCUAAUUUCCAUUCACAUGAAAAUCAAAAAAAUAAAUCAGAACGUACUGAUCUUGCACGUCAAGUAUGUUAUUUAUUAAAAGAAGUACAAGAAGCAAGAACUGGAUUAAAAGUACCACAAUCAAAUGAUUUAUCAAUGUCAAAUGAUCUUGCAUCAUCACAAUUAAUAUCAAAAAGACUUGUUACAUUCCGUGAUAUUGAAGAUCUUCAACAACAAAAUCAAAAAUUAUUAGCAUUAACAAGAUCAUUAACAACAAGACAAGAAGAAAUUGAACGUACAACUGAUGAAAUUAAUUCAAGUGAAAUUAAAGAAAAAAUGGAUAGAUAUGUACAACAAUUAUCUGACAUGCAAGCUGCACAAGAACGUCAAACUAAAAUGCUUGAUGGUUUAAUGAGACAAAGAGAUAUGUAUAAAAAUUUGUAUCAAAAAUCAUUAGCAACACAAACAACAAAUGAUCAAUUAAAUUCAACUAAAAAUUCAUCAGAUGUAUCAAUGGAACAAGGUGAUGAUGAUAAUGAUACAAUAACAGCAGAAACAAAAAAUGAUAAAACAGAACAACAAAAUAAUAUAACAACACAAGAAAAUCAAGAUAGUAUUAAAGAAUUGGAAAAAAAAUUAGCAGAAUGUGAAUCAAAAUAUAAUAUGAUUAAUGUUGAAUAUACAACAUAUAAAAAAGAAAAAGCAUCACAUGAAAAAAUGAUUAGUAAUGAAGUUGAUAGACUUCGUAAAGAAGCUGAGACAAAUUCAACACGUUGUUGUCGUCUUAAAGCACAAUUAGAUUCAUCACAAGAACGUUUUAGUUUAUUACAAGCAAAUAUAUCAACAUAUAAAUCACAAAUAAAAGCACUUGAAGAACGUUGUGCAAAUUAUAGUACAACAAUUGGUAAACAUGAACAAAGUAUAAUGUUAUUAAAAGAUGAAACACUUGCUGCACAAUCAAAAUUAUCAAGAGCUGAAGUACAAUUAGAAAAUAUACGUCAAGAACGUCAUAUGCUUAAAGAUUCAGAAGGUAGAUUAAUGAAAGAAUGUGAAAUGCUUCAUCGUGAACGUCAUACACAAGCAUUAUUAAAAGCUGAUGUUGAAUCAAUAAAAGCUAGUCUUGAAAGAGCACAAGCUGAGGGACAAUUACGUGCUGAAAUGCGUCUUGAUGAUGCAACACGUGAAUGUGCUGCAUUAAGAAGAAGACUUCAAGAAGAACAAGAUCGUUUCCGUGAACUUUCAUCACAUCUUGAGAGUAAACUUACAACAGUACAAAAACGUUUUACUGAAGAACAAACACAAUCAGAACGUUUAAAAACUGAUCUUGAUGAAACUAAAACAAUACUUGUUGAAUAUCAACGUAAAAUUGAAGAACUUGAAGCAAAAUUACGUGAAUCAAAUGCACAAUCAAGAUCAAAACCAAUAACUGGUGAUGAAAAUUUAGCUAAAAGAUUACAAGAAUUAGAAUUACAAUUAACAUCAGCAAAUUCAGAAAUACGAUCACUUAGUGAACAAUUAAAAACAGCUAGACAACAAAGUGAACAAUAUUCAGUUAUUGCUGAUAGUGCUGAAACACAAUUAAAAGAAUUAUCAAUACAAUUUGAAAAACAAAAAAAAGAACUUGAAUCAGCAUUAGAAACAGCAAGAAAUGAAUGUUCAGUACUUGAUAAAAAAGUAACAAUAUUACAAAAUGAAUUGACACAAUCACAAAGUGGUAGUCAAGUAACUGAUACAGAAUUACGUGAAAAAUUAGCAAAUGCUGAAGCAAAAUUAGAAGAAUUAGAUGAAGUUAAAGGUGAACUUGAAUUAAUUAAAAGUGAUUUACAAAAUGCAUCACAAACAGCUAAACUUACUGAAGAAAAAUAUGCAAGAGAAAUGGUAUUACAUUCAGCUGAUUUACAAGUAUUAGCUAAAUUAAGAUGUGAUACUGAAAAUAUAACAAAAACAGUUGAUUCAUUAAAACAAUCACGUGAUUCAGCAAUUGAAGCAUUAGAAAUUGAAAAAAAAAAUCAUCAACAACGUGAACAACAACUUAAAAAAGAAUUUGAAGAUAUGCAAAAAAGAAUUGAUGAUCUUGAUGCACAAAAUAGUCUUCUUCAUAAUCAAAUACAAGAAUUAAGUGAUAGAACAGCAAUAAUACAAAGUAAUCGUUCAUCAUUGGGUCAUCAAGAAACAAUGGAUACAAGUCUUGAAACAUCAAUGAAUCGUAGUUUUACUGGUUUAGAAGAAGAUUCAAAAUCUGCUGAACAGUUAAUACGUGUUAUGAAAUAUUUACGUCGUGAAAAAGAUCUUGCUGUUACAAAACUUGAUGUAUUACGUGCUGAAAAUUUACGUCUUAAAUCACAAGCUGAAGUUACAGAAAAAAGAUUAAAAGAAAGUGAAGAAUUAUUAACAUGUAAUCGUGAAAAAAGUGAAAUUGAUGUUGCAACAACAUCAAAACAUUCAGAAUUAUUAAGAAAAGUUGAGACAUUAAAUGCAAUUGCUGAUUCAAAUAGAAUAUUAAGAGAAGAAAGAAAUUCAUUAUUGGCUAAAGUUAAUGAACUUGUUAUACAAGUUACAACAUUAUCAGAUGAAGUUGUACCAUUGAGAGAAAAAACAAGAGAUUUAAUUGGUAAAAAUGAAGCAUUAACACAAGAAAAUAGUGGUCUCAAGGGUGAAGCAACAAGAUGGAGACAAAGAGCAAAUACACUUGUUGAAAGAGCUAAUAAAGCUAGCCCAGAAGAUUGGCGUCGUUUACAAACUGAACGUGAAAAUCUCAGUAAAUUAUUAACAUCAGAACGUGAAAUUCAUUCAAAAGAAACUGAACAAUUUAAUAAUCUUAAAGCUGAAAAAAUUAAACUUGAUGAACAAAUUAUUCAAUUACAAACACUUAUACAAAAUCAAAAUGAACAAAAUAUAAAAACAACUGAAGAAUUAAAAAAAUUAAAUAAUAGCUUAAAUGAAGCAAUCGCUGAUUCAACAACAAAAGCCAAAGAACUUGCAGCAUUGAAAAAAGAAAUAAGUGAAAAAGAUGCUGCUGUUGCUGAUGCUAAAAAUAAAGAAUUACAAAUUAGAAAAAUUGCUAAAAAAUAUAAAACACAAUAUGAAGAAUUAGCUAAAACAAUGGAAACUGAUAAACAAAAAGCUGAAGAAAUUGCAGCAUCAGUAUUAAAUCAACAACAAGAUAAUCAAUUAACACCAGAAAAAGAAGAACAAUUACGUGAAGAAGGAAGACAAGAAUUACGUACAAUAAAUCAAGAUUUAACUGUUAAAAUUGAAGAAUUAACAAAACAAAUAUCAAAUUUACAAGCUGAUGCUGAAGCAACAAAAAAAGAAGUUGAAGCAUUAAAUAAAGCAUCUGUUGAAAAAGAAGAAAGAGCAAAACUUGUAUUAAAAAAUGCAAAAUCAAGAAUAAUGCAAUUAACUGAAUCUAAAAAUGAAUGUGAAAAAGAAUUAUUAUCAUUAAAAACAACAAUUGAAGCAAAUUCAAGUGAAACAGAUCCAAGUGAACAUGAUGCAAGACUUGCUGCAAUUAAAAGUCAACUUGAAGGAAGAAUAUCAAGAUUAGAGCAUGAAAAAUCUGAAGUAUCAUCUGAAAAAGAAACAUUAAUACAACGUGUUAAUCAAUUACAACGACAAUUAGCUGUUGGUGUUAGUGGUGUUAGUGCAACAACUGAACCACCAACUGCUAAUAUUAAACCAAUGUCAGCAAGAACUGAAACACCAUUGGCAAGUAUAAGACCAAUGAGUGUUGUACAAUCAAGAACAGCUGCUGUAUUACCAACAACAGCAGCAAAUAAUCCAGUUCCAGUUGUUCCACAACAACAACAACAACAACAACAGCAACAGCAACAACAACAAACUGUUCAUACUACUGAAACAAGUUCACCAACAAGUAGUCAUAUUGAUUAUCAGCCAAGUACAAGUUCAACUGUUUCUCAAGGUGGUCAAAAUCUUCGUCAGCUUGCUGUUCAACCACAAUUGAGUGAAUCUGCCGAGUCAACACAACGAGAAGAGCCGGAAAAUACUGAAAAUUCUCAACAAGCACAAGGGCAAAGUCAAUUAUCACAAACUGCUCAUCAACAACAAUCAAAUCAAGCACAACAAGCACAAAACCAAGAGUCACAACAAGCACCACAAACUGUUGCUUUAGUUAGUCCAAGAGUUGAACAACAGCAGCAACAACAACAACAGCAAUCAACUCAACAACAACAACCACCACAACAACAGCCACAACAAAUACAACAACAGCAACAACAAACUCAGCAGCCACAACAAACAACACAAACAACAAGUGAUCAACAGCAAACUAUUGCUAGCUCCUCGACUCAAUCAGUUAGUACAUCACAAACAUCUGGUCACAAAAGACCACGUAGUCUUGAAGCAACAACACCAUCUGGUUCUGUUGUUGAAGGUACUGAGCAUUCAGAACAAUUACCAAGUCCAAAAACAAAACGUGUAAGAACACAAGAAUCAACAACACCAAGUGGAUCAGAAGUUGAAUAUCAAGUACCAACAUCAAGUCAACGUGAUCAAGAUGAAGAAGUUGAAGAUGGUUGUAUUGUUGUUGUUGAUUGUGAUGAAGGUGGUGGUAGUCAUAGUCAAGCACAAGAAGAAGAAGAAUUUGAUAAUGAUCAAUAUGAAGAAAUGGAAGAUGAAGAAGAAGAGGAAGAAGAUGAAGAUGAAGAUGAAGAAUUACCAUAUGGUGCUGAGGUUGAAGUUGAAAGUGAUAAUAAUGAAGUUGAAAUUAUAAUGGAAGAAGAAGAUUCAAGAAAUGUUGAGGUACCAAGACAAGCAACUCAACAAAUACCAAUUAAUCAACCACCUCAACAACAAUCUGAGGCAAUAAGUAGUGCUGGACCAACUGGUGAACCACCAGCAUUUUCAGCAAGAUCAUCAAGAGGUAUUGCACCAAUGCCAAGACAGCAACAACAACAGCAACAACAACACUUUUUAUUACCUCAACAAGGUUAUGAGGAUGGUGGUGAUGAUAGUAUUGUACCAAGUACACCAACUCUAUUUGUACCAAGACGUGGUGAUGGUUUUGGUGAAGCUGUAAGUUCACCUCAAGUACCACAAGGUAGAUUUACAUUUGGUGAUUCAGCACCAUCAUCAACACCAAGUUUAGUAACACCAGUUGGUACAAGUGUUAGAACAAUAUUUGGUUCAUCUGGAUCUGGUGUUGCACAAGUUGUUCAAGAAGGUAUGGAUGAUACAAGAAUGGAUUUAACACAAUUAGAUGAUGGUACUGGUAGAAGUGUACCAACAACACCAUUACAAGUAUCACCAGCUGCUGAUUUACCACCAUCAACAUCAUCUGUUGGACAAAAUGAAGAACAUGAAGCACCAGUACCAAGUAAUACAAUGACAACAACCACGACAACAACAACAACAGCAACAGGUUCAUCAACAGAUAUUAAUAAUGAAGGUUGUACUGUACCAAGUGUAUCAAUUGAUCAAGAAUCUGAACAAUUAGAAGCAGUACCUGGAUCAAGUACAGCUAGUAAUAAUGAUGGUGUUAGUUCUGAAAGUGAACAAACAACUGAAUUAGCUGUAUCAGUUACUGGUGGAUCAGUUGAUGAUGAUAAUGUUGAGACUGUUGGUGAUGAAGAUGAUUGUGAAGAAGAUAGAGAAGCCGAAGCUUCACCAUCAAGUAAUACAAGACAAAGAGCAUUAGCUGCUGCUAAUGCUGCAGCAGCUGCUACUGGUGAGACAAAAGGUCCUGCAACAAGAGGACGACCAAGUAGAGCACAAUAUAGAGGCCAUCGUGGAUCUCGUCCAACUCCAAUUGUUUGGGAUAAUCAAUCACCACGUGGUGCUCAAUCACCAUCACGAGGACAUGCAACAAGAGGUGGUGGUACUAGUAGUAGUAGUGUUAGUGGUAUUAACGUUGUCAAUGAUGGUACACGUGGUAGAAGUACAAGAGGUCGAAGAAUGCGUUCCAAAUACAAUUAUCCUAGGUACUAGAAAAUUAUAUCAUAAAUUAAUCAUUAAAAUAAAAAAAAUAAUCUUCCAAACUCAUUAAAUAAACAAUCAUUAUCUCAAAUAGUUUUUUUUUUU